AUCCAUUAAUGCGGAACCCAAGGACCAUCUUGCGACAAAUAGAUAGCCAAACCGAGGGUUUAACAUAAACCGCUUCGAAGGAGAGGGCGACAGAGGCACAGAGGGACAGCCGGCGAGCGAGCGAGGCGGAAGGGUUGGCGGCAGCCGGCGGCCCCAAGGUUCCGAGGACUCCAGAUUAAGUUUUCUAUCAAUACCAGGUAAAACCGAGCUUAAAGUGGUACAAAACUAGUGUCAUGGAAGACCUCAAGGUGGAUAGGGAUGCUUGCAGAAAGGACGGAUCAAGAAUCUUAGUGAUUGAACAAAAUGGUUUUGAGGAGCUGAUUGUGCGUGUAGAAGGUUUAUGUGCUGGUAGUGAGUCAUUAAAAAGUUAUCCCUCUUCAAGUCCUGACGGUGAUAAACUUGAAUUCAGCUGCAAUACGAUUUCCCAUAAUGACCAGUUCUCAGCACACUUAACAUUAUCUAGCUCCAAUGAUGGAGACAUGAACAUGCAGACCGGUUCUGUCAACGAGGUUGCAACAGCCAUACUUAAUGUACCAUUGGGAAGUGUUAAAGAGGUAGCUACUGAUGAGGAGGUAAUGCAAUGGAGGCUCGAAAUGGAUGAUUUCAUCUUUAUGUACUCGGAGUGUGGUGAUUAUUCAUACGACAGCUCGGUCAGUGAGCAAUCUUCGGCAAUCAGCAGCCCAUGUACAUCAUUAACAGUACAUUCAGAUGAUACUCAGUCCGAAGAUCUUGACAGAGCAGAUAUUUGGGUCUCAUCCUUGGAUCUUGACGAGGAGGACUCAACCUUGCUUGAAGACAAUGAGCAAUUUCUGGAUGUUUUUAGUUCUGGCUUCCCCAGCCCUUCUUUCAGUCCAAUGAGAAGUCUCCAAUUUGGUCAUUGCAGGUCUAGUCCAGCAACAUUACAUACAGAAGAAGUCAAUGAGACUGAUGAGCUAAUAUUUUUUCCAUUUGAACACACAUCCUAUAGCAGCUCUGUCAGCGAGCAGUCUUUGCAAAUCAGCAGCCCAUGUACAUCAUUCACAGUACAUUCAAAUGAUACUCGGUCCGACGAUCUUGAUAGAGCAGAUAUUUGGGUCUCUUCCUUGGAUCUUGAUGAGGAGGACUCAGCCUUGCUUGGAGACAAUGAGCAAUUUCUGGACGUUUUUAGUUCUGGCUUCCCCAGCCCUUCUUUCAGUGCAUCGAGAAGUCUCCAAUUUGGUCAUUGCAGCUCUAGUCCAGCAACAUUACAUAUGGAAGAAUCCAUUGAGAUUGAUGACCCAAUAUUUUGGCCAUUUGAACGCACAUCCUAUAGCAGCCCUCAAUUUGAUAAGUUUCUGAGCAUAUCACCACGAAAAAGUUCAAUGAAUAUUGGGCUUGCUGAAAUUCGCCAGUUAAGUCCAAUGACGCAGAGGCUCCACAAGAACAAACAACCUUCGCCGAAUAAGAGCAAAGAGGCACAUCGACGAAAUGCCAGUUUGGGCAAACUACCUUCACCGAGUAAGAUCAAAGAGCCACAUCGAGGAAAUGCCAAUUUGGGCAAACUACCGUCGCCAAAUAAGAGCAAAGAGCCGCAUCGAGGAAAUGCCAGUUUGGGUGCAAAAGGAAACAAAGUCUCUCAAGAUAAGGUUCAGAAGGAUGUUGCAGUUCCCUCCAGGCUAAGAAGAACAACAAAAACAUCCUCCAAGCACCAGCCAUUAAACAGCAGCGAGAAAAGAAGGCCACCUCUCUUAAAAAUUGAUGCGUCGAUAAAGGGUAGCUCUCCCCGUUUGCAGGUAAUUCAUCCUCUUCAAGAGCUUGAAGCAAGUGACCUCCAAAACCUAGCUGAUAACAAAAUUCUCAUCGAAGAGUUUGUUGGGUUAGAUGAAUUUGAUGGUCAUGAAGGUAUCAGUUCAGAUUUGUCAAACUGCCAAUUUGGUUUCUCCUUGACUCCAAGAUAGUCCUUUAGUCUGAAGCAAUCAUCAGCCUGUUGUACCUUGCCUUUUUUUUUCAUCGUGUUUUUAAGCAUCUUUGAAGUGACAUUGCUUUGAGGCAAAGGCAAAGUAUUCAUGCACAGUGUCGUCGGAGAAAAGUUUUGCCUCCCUGCAGUUUCCACACAAGUUGUGGAUACUGGUUUUCAGUUGGUUUUCUGGUAGUGAUCACCAGCUGAUUUUCGUGUUCUUUCUGUCUCUGUCACGCUGAAGACUCUUAGGUUCAGAAUACAAAUAUGUGUAUCAAAUCCAAGCUUGUGAAGAUGUAAUUCUCAUGAAAAAGAAAGUCUACAUAGAUGUAUGGAUGUAUCAGCUACAGCAGGUCCAGUACAAUC